AUGUCGUCGGUCGACUACCGACCCAACGGCUCCUCCGCAUUGCGGCCGCGGCACGCGAUGGGAUUGAAGAAGUCCGACGAUACUGCGAAGAUGCCUGUUCUGGAGAAGCUGGCCUCUGAUUCCAGCGGCGUUUCCACCCCCGUCUCCGAGGAUGCGCCUCCUUCCGUACAAUCCAUCUCGACCGCUCGCAAGCAGGCUCGCGCGCGCCAUCGCAUCUUCUACAGCAUUGACUAUGUACCCCGCGUAUCACACUUUGAUCCCAAGAGCGACUACCAUAAUUUCCGCGGAUUCUUUACCCUGUUCUGGAUCGUCCUCUUCAUCAUGGUCGUAACCACCAUGCUGCGCAACAUCAAGGACACAGGUUACCCCCUGCGCAUCAGAGUCUGGAGUAUCCUCUCGGCGAACGUCUAUUCCAUGGCAUUCAGCGACCUCGCGAUGGUUGUCAGCAGUGGCUUCGUUUUACCCCUGCACCGCCUCUUCCGGCGUAGCUCGGGGUGGCUGCGCUGGGGACGAGGUGGGAUCAUCAUCCAGAGUAUCUUCGAAGUUGCCUGGCUCGUCCUCUGGAUCAACUGGCCAUUCAUGCUGCAAUGGACCUGGACCGCGCAGGUGUUCUUCACUCUCCACACCCUGACCUUCCUCAUGAAAAUCCACUCCUACGCCUUCUACAACGGCCACCUCAGCGAGACCGAGCGCCGACUCUCCGCCCUCGACAACCCCGGCUCGCAGCCCCUCGACGCCGCGGUCCACUAUCCCGAGCCGUCAACCCGUCGGCCGGCCCCCCGACGCACCCGCUCGAACUCCGUCCCCGAGCUGCGCGAGGAUCUUGCCACGGAGCUGACCUCCCCGCUGGGCCAUGUCACAUACCCGCAAAACCUCACGCUCGCCAACUACGUUGACUACAUCUUCUGCCCGACGCUCUGCUACGAGCUGGAGUACCCUCGGAGCAAGGACCGCUCCUGGACGGAAGUCGGCCUGAAGUCGCUCGCCGUCUUCGGGUGCAUCUUCCUACUAACUCUAGUAAGCGAGGAGUUCAUUCUGCCCGUCCUCAGCGAGGCCAACGUGCACCUCCACCGCACCGCCAGCGUCGGCGACAAGGCCCUCAUCCUCGCCGAGACCAUCAGCAUGCUCCUGUUCCCUUUCACCAUCACCUUCCUGCUCGUCUUCCUCGUCAUCUUCGAGUACCUCCUCGGCGCCUUUGCCGAGAUCACCUGUUUCGCCGACCGUCAUUUUUAUUCCGACUGGUGGAACUCGUGCGAUUGGCUGGAAUUCUCGCGCGAGUGGAACAUUCCCGUCCACCACUUCCUCCGCCGCCACGUGUAUUUCUCCUCGUUGACGCAUUUCUCCAAGCCCGUCGCCAUGUUCAUCACCUUCCUGGUGAGCUCGAUCGCCCACGAGCUGGUCAUGAGCUGCAUCACGAAGAAGCUGCGCGGCUACGGGUUCUGCGCCAUGAUGCUGCAGCUGCCCAUUGUGGCGGUCCAGAAAUCGCGCUACUUCCGCGGGCAGACGACUCUGAACAACCUGUUCUUUUGGUUAUCUAUGAUCUUUGGUCUGGCUCUUAUGUGCGCGUUGUACGUUCUUGUUUAA